AAUUUUAUCAUUUUCGUUUCUCAGGAUGUGAUCUUCAUGGUGAGCUGGUGGGAAAACUGAGUUGUAAAUCACCCCAAUGGAUGCGGACAGUGAUGUUGCAUUGGACAUUUUAAUCACAAACGUAGUGUGUGUUUUUAGAACAAGAUGUCAUUUAAACUUGAGGAAGAUCGCAUUAGAGGGAGCAAAUGUGAUAUACAAGCGUGAUGUUGGGAAAGUAUUAAUGAAGCUUAGGAAACCUAGGAUUACGGCCACAAUUUGGUCCUCAGGAAAAGUUAUUUGCACAGGAGCCACAAGUGAAGAAGAAGCUAAAUUUGGUGCCAGACGAUUAGCUCGUAGUCUACAGAAACUAGGUUUUCAGGUAAUUUUCACAGAUUUUAAAGUUGUGAAUGUUUUAGCAGUGUGCAACAUGCCCUUUGAGAUCAGAUUGCCAGAAUUUACGAAGAAUAACAGACCUCAUGCGAGUUAUGAACCAGAACUUCAUCCUGCCGUGUGUUACAGAAUAAAAACUCUCAGAGCUACCUUACAGAUUUUUUCCACAGGCAGUAUCACAGUUACAGGGCCAAACGUAAAGGCAGUUGCCAGUGCUGUGGAACAGAUUUACCCAUUCGUGUUUGAAAGCAGGAAAUAAAUUUUAUGAAUUCACCACUUGAUGGUUAGGUUCCCUAACCAAGCACCUUUAAAGACUGCUGCACAUUGGACUAAAAGCAGAAAGGAAAACUGGACCAACCAUAGCAGAGGAAUACAGACUCUUUUACUUGCUCAUGGCCACAGUAUAAACUCCAGUUCUUUUGGAUUUUACUCUUAACAGUGCUGUAUUGUAAAAACGAAAGUUUACAAGAUAUGAAAUUGCUGCUUUUAAAAAGACAUUCUAUUUAUUUUUGCAGUAAUUUCUGUGUAUUCAUAAGCAAAGCUGUCACGAUGUGCACUACCUUUAAAACAUUUUUUUUUUUAGUUUGAGCUUGUGUUUUAUUUGUGAAUAGUCUUUUACAUUUUUGUAUGCUGAAUAUUGGGCACCAAAGAAGCUGUAAAAGUUAUCUUUUUCACCUGAUGAAUGUGCACAAAUAAAAGUUUGAAAAGUAUUUCUCUUCACACCUGUUCUGUUAUAUUCCUUUCCCUUUUUCUAUUACAGUUAAAAUUGUAUAGUUGCAAAUUAAUUUGAAACAAUGUAAGAAUAGUCUUUUGCUGAUACCUUCUGUUUCUAUUUGUAGUAUGUGUAAAACUUCGUGCGUGGGUUAGAUUGAAAUCUAUAGUAGUUACGUAUGUUUAUCCAAGGAUGAAAUCUGGUUUGUUCCCAGUUCUCUUAACUACAUGCCAGACUUCAAGUAUUUUCUUGCUGUUAUGAGGAGAGAAGACAUUUCUAAAAAUAAAGGUCUACAGCAAGCGUUUUCCUAUAGAUGAUGAGGAAAUCUUACCAACUAAAGAAGCUACUGUAGAAAAACCAACUGCCUACUGGAUGCAAAAGGAAAAAAGUUACUAUAUGAGCUUCAGUUUUGAGGAAAGUGGUGGUGUGCUUCAACUCGAGAAGAUGGUAUGGUCACACUAAUCCAGCCCCCGCCUGUUGCUGAAUGAUUUACACAGACCUUUUCUACACUCUUCUUACUGUAUAAUAUUUUCAUGACAGGAGCUGCCAACAAGCAAUGAAGCUUGAUUCUGGCAUGUAUUCUUAUUGGUAUUAAUCUUGGACUUGGAAGCCAGUAGAUGUUUCUCUCAAUAAGUGCACAUUUGAAGCAGAAGAGAGGUGAAUGCUUAAAAGUAACUGCAAAUGCUACUUUUAAAAAGAUACAAUAAAUAUGUAUAAAUGUA